CCGCAAUCUCUUGGCCUCGCAGUAAGCAACGUUUUCUGCAACGCCACUCAUUUCUCAAAACCAUUCAGCACGCACCCUUUCAUUCUUUCAAAAUGGCCGACGUACCUCCGAGCCAACAGAGCAAUAUCAUGCUCAAGCUCAAGAGCAAAGAUGGCGAAACUUUCGAAGUUGAAAAGGCCGUCGCGACGCAGAUCAACUUUGUAAAGGGAAUGCUUGAGGACGUUGACGAGGUCGACGGUAUGGAGAUCCCUAUGGGCGAGGUCGAAGCGAGCAUCUUGGCAAAGGUCGUGGAGUUUUGCAAGUUUCGCCACCAACAGGAACUCAACCAAACGAGCCCCGACGAAGUCGACCGUUGGGAAAAGGCUUUUGUCCAAGUUGAGAAACCCACUCUCUUUCAACUCAUUCUGGCCGCGAAUUUCCUCGAUGUUCAAUCAUUACUGGACUUAACUUGCAAGACUGUUGCAGACAUGAUUAAGGGUAAGACUCCUGAACAGAUCCGAGCAGAGUUCGACAUUGAAAAUGACUUUACUCCUGAACAAUUGGCCGAGGUACGUCGCGACAAUGCCUGGUGCUCCGACGACCGUUAAGGUUGAAUUAGGAGCGAUGAAAAGUCCGCAAAUGAGAAAGGAGGCCCACAGAUGCACUUUUGGACAAGAAUACUCUUCAUUGGAGGGAUAACUCGGAUUCAAAAGCGUCUUUUUUUCCGCAUUGCAAGUUUUUACCCUGGUCGAGGUUCUACUCGCGUUCACGGCUAUAGGAAGAUUCAUCUGUGGCGCGCUACGAAAGCCCUGACCGGCACUAUUUGCAAUUAGUAUUCGCUAUCACUUCGCUUUUGCUUCUAACGGUAUUGUAAAAACAUUGUUCCUCAAGUGCAUCACAAAUUGCAUCUUGACUGCAGCAUGCACGAUGUAUUGCAAGUG